UUCUCUAGUUACUAACCUAUAAUUGGAGCACUUAGUCUGUGUUCAUUAAUUUUCAUUAUUUGUUUUUGAGGGAUUAUUCUCUGUAACUGCAUUCAAAAGGAUGUUCUGUUUGGCUGCGCUGGGAAAUCCAUACAAUCAUCGUAGUCGUAAGUCCUCUUCGGUCGUCUUUACAGGAAAAACCAAAUGUCAGAUAAAUGAAAGUGCCAGCUUCCUUGUUGAUGUCGUGAGCUCCGUUGACGAGAAAAUAACGAGGAGGCCAAAUAAAGGAGAUAAAGAAAAAACCCAAACAGAUCAUUCUGACACAAACGCUGAAUAUGGAAAUGAUCAUGAUAGGUGUUCCAUAGAAACUGACAAAACAAUGGAUGGAAAGCGGGUUACAAGGCACCAACAUGACAUUGCAAAUCAUGGAUCCUUGCCGAAAAUGGACACACUUCAACCAUCACGUACCAUUUAUCGUCGAUCUUCGCCCCAAGAAAUUUCAGACAACACUGAUAACAACAAGAUGAAAUCGAAUGAAUGCACUGCGCCCAAGGGUCUGGAAAAUCCAAGUCAAAUAUGUUAUCGCAACUGCAUACUACAGAUCUUGGCACAAACAACCGAUUUUUUUGAGCAGUUGAACAUGAAGACCAAAACGUCCGCUGGAAAUGCAAAUGCAGGUUUGACGAAACACUUAUACACCCUUUUAGACAACAUUCGUAGUGGCAAAGGAUCUGGAGAAAUUGCGAAAACGAAUGCUGUGCAAUUUCACAAAUUUCUCGACAAAAAAAUCCAAAGAUUUAGACCCUCUGAACAAGACGAUAGUCACUCAUUUUUUAUAUGCAUACUUUGCGCCAUUGAAAAGGAAUGUAACGACAGCGACACUCCAUCGGAUAUUUUCAAAUUACAGUUGCAAAGUUCACUGCAAUGUUCCAUCCAGCAAGAUAAGAUUGAAUACAUCGAAGAGCGACCAAUGUUCAGCAUCCCGGCACCAAAGAAAGACGACAUACAAGAAAGUUUAUUGAUAUUCUUUGGUGAGGAGCAUCUAAGAGAUUUUAAAUGUGAAUGCUGUGAUGCAGAGAGCAAUGCCUCCUACACGAUAAAAAGAUUGAGGAUGAUGAAAAUACCCAACGUUGUAGUUUUGCAUCUUGAAAAACCCAGAGAAAGAAGCAACACUUUUAGAAAAACAAGAAAAGUUUUGAAAUUCAAGGAAGAUAUGGGUGCUUUCUAUCCAUCAGAGAAGUGUACAAAUAAUAUAUUGCAUCUAUAUGGAAUCGUGGUUCACAGAGGUGGGUUAUCUGGAGGGCAUUACUUUUCGUACGUGAAAUCCAGUGGAUCUGAGCAAUGGUACAAAUGUAAUGACAUGAAUGUUCAGAAAGUCAUGGAAGAUGAAGUUCUUAAAGAGGAUCCAUAUUUGCUCUUUUAUUCAAAGUAAUAAAAUGAGAUUGAA